AUGGAUCGUUACCAUCUGACUACAGAUGGUACAUUUCGUGACAUUUUAUGUAGUUACUUAAGUGCCUAUCCAUCUUUAUUGAAACUCACGGAUCGUCACCAUCUGACUACAGAUGGUACAUACUGUGCCAUGUUAUACUUAAGUGCCUAUCCAUCUGUAAUCACACUUACGGAUCGUCACCAUCCGACGUCCGAUGCCUAUACUGGACAUACCUCGCCUCAACAACUGUCAGCUGGUUUCAUGAUGAGCGUACGUGUAAAUGAGUGAAAACUUAUAGUAUCAAGAUCAAGAUUUAAGAGGUAUGAGAUUUAAAUUCUCUACAAGAUCAAUGCAGUCGUUUGAAGAUUGCAAUUAAAAAUCGGGAAAAUCCUACUAAAAUUUAAAAUGGGAAAAUUUAGAGUAAUAUUGAGUAAAGAAUUAAUUAAAGAGAAGCAGUAGGGGUACGUGAGUAAAACAUCAAGAAAAUUUCCCCCUCCCUCGUCGGCAAGAAUUCCGGGAAAGUUUAAUGACCAAGAAAAAAUGUUACACGACAAUUUCAAGAAUGGAAUCCCCCCCCCCGGCGCCAAAAAAUGACGACUGUUCCGCCGAUUAGCACAUUGUAUAAUUUAUGCAUGAUACAUCAUGAGGUAUGCAGUCUCGGAGUGCCCUCUAGUCGAAGAGUACAUCUGGUAGUAAAAUUAAAGUGGCGGCCACUUUGUACGAUUUGGUCUAUUUCACAUCCAGUCAGAAUAUAUCAAUUUUAACAGAUUAUUAAUAGAAGACUAGUGGCUGAGCAUAUGACCGUGAGAAAUGCUUACAACAUUGCAUAAAAGACAGGAUUGCAAUCAUGGCAGCCCAGGCUGUCCAAAUGUACGUAAGUCUAUCAGCUUUAUUUCUUUUGCACUGCAGACACAAAAUCUUCCCAGCUUUGCUCAAUAUUAUCUGCGGUCAAUAUUUUUAAUAUGCUACAUGGUUUGCUAUGGCGGUUCAUGCAGGAUUUUAGUGGUUUUGAAUUUUAAUGUAUUGCGCGUGUUUAUGCAGACUGGCAGUGUUUUAACUCGGUGUAAAUAAAUUCAAAGAGGAACUAUACUGCCUAUGUGCUAUAAUAUUAACAAAUGCAAGGCGAAUCAUACUAUCUGUACUGGCUACAUUCAUGGAAACGUUCCGCCGUGUUUCUCGUUACUUCCUUGAUGAAUUUAUUAGAGCGGUAUGCCGUGUUUCCUUUUCAAUAUUUUAAGUUCUACAUAUCUUUUUAUUAAUCAGACAGUCCUAACAGUAACAGUCUAAUUGUCGUUUAUUAGAGUAAAGAGUUGCUUUUAAGAAUCAAGAAGUAAGAUUUCAUUGAUCCGCGCUUAGUCGCAGCUAUUUACCGUCUUGCUUUGUCCGCUUUGUUUUUCGCCAAAGCUCAUGCGGCAAGGCGAAUUUCGCUCAUUCGUUUUGUAAAAAGUUUUAAUAGAACAAAUGAUGUUUCAUUUCGAACGAAGUAAGCCAAGAAAUUGUUACAAUUAAAAGCAAACGGUGUAAGAAUUGGAGAUUUUUGUUGGAAUAAUGAAAUUUUUUCCGUGAUAAUAAUGUGGCUAUGCGUGGGAGGCCGGAUGUUCUAACGGGCAGGAUGUUAUAACAUUUUAUUGAGAUAAAUAUUUCACUUUGGAAAUGUUUUAAAAGUAUAUAUGUUGGGAAGAAAUAGAUAAUAAAAUAAAUCACAAUUCUCAAUAUGUUUAUUGAGUAUUGUGUAACUAACAAUCGUAGUUUUGUAUAAAGUUUAAUUAACAAAUAAAAAUAUUCAAUCAAUUUAAUUUUAAACUAUUAAUAAUGUAUGCAUCUAUAAUAUCAAGUUGCGUUUCUAAUAAAACGAUUAGCUAAAGUAUAUACAGUACAUAAAUUAAAUUAGGCUGGUCCAAGGCAACAUCCAUGGAAAUGCAUCAGUGUUUACCAGUCAUGCCAGUGAAAUGGAUGAAUUGAAUGACAUAAGGAAAAUAUAAAUUAUUAUAGCAGACACGCAUAGGCGUACGAGAGUUAGUCUCCCCCCUCCCCUCCCCCUCCCAGUCAGUUGUUUAGUCAGGCAGAUUCUACUUAAAAAUCGGAAAAUUAAAGUAUCUUGUCGUGAUAUUAAUGUUGAUUAGUAAGAGAAAUGAAAGUUUGCCUUCAAUUCUACACUAUAAAUUCUCUUCUGUAUCAAAUUUUUGUCCACGCGCCUAAUUUUUUUCUGAACGUACGGCUAUGACUAUGUUGACAGGGUAGUCACGGCAACCUUAUCAUAUGCAAACGAACUAAGUAUGCAAGUAGUCUUGAGCUGUAUUUGCCAGUGUAGAUAGUGCCAAUAAAAUGAACAAGUUUUCGUUGGUAGAGAUGCAACUAGUACUAGCUGAAAAUAUAUAAGGAGAAUUUCGACGUUUCGAGCGAAGGCCCUUCGUCUGCCCUAACCGUGGUCUGCCUAUGGCUAUGGAUAUGAGCUAUAAUAUUCAUAGAUAUCUUAUAUAAACUAGAUAGCGCAUCUCUAAAAUUGAAGCAAAGAAUAUUCCAGCGGUUACCCUCAUUUCAAUAGAUGGCGGCCAUGUUGGAGUUUCCCACUCGCUAAUAAACGCUUAAAAAACAACAAUAACUUUCAUCAUUUGAAUAGUUUGAAAAUGUAUUUGGAAUAGGUUUAACUUAAUGUUUAAGUUCCCUGUUUAAGAAAUUGAAAAAACAUGCGAGUCUUCUCAUUUCAUGGGAAUAUCCUGAGUCUGCAAUCACGGCUUCAAUUUUUGAAUUGCAGAAUAAUUAGAUGCACUAUUUAGUGUAUAUAAGAUAUCUAUGAUAAUAUUACGUCCCGUCUCCAGACGAAGGGCCUUCGCUCGAAACGUCGAAAUUCUCCUCAUAUAUCUUUAGGUGGUUGCAUCUCUACUAACGAAAGCGAAUUGUUCAUAAGUAUGCAUGUGGUUUAUAGAAAAUAACACUUUUCCAUGUUGUUGAAGCAACCCGGAAUCAAAGAAAACGAUUACCAUGAAAGAUGCAUUGGAUAUACGGAAUUUGUUUUUUUAAUGUAUUGUAUCAAUUAAUUAAUGCUGAUGAAUUUAUUAUUCCAGAGAAGUGGUCGACGUUUCAAAUUAAAUAGUGCUAUUCGAAGCAACACAUUACGUGCAAAACGUUAUCGAGGAAUUCAACGGUUUUCGUCGCAUGAUUGACAGAAAAUGACUCCAAAAUCACGACAAGUGAAAUUCAGAAGCAUUCAGAUUUCAGUUUCCAACGAAUUAAAUUCGACGGAAACUCGGCGUCUAUAAGUCGUCUAACACAGGCCUAGCAAUCACUCAGGAACAAUAUCCCGUGGACUAUUCGUUCACAGACAAUUGUUAAAUAGCCUUAGAUGGUAGGACGCUAAAACUUAAGUACUAUAAGUAGCAUGAAAUCGGAAACUAUGAUAUAUGCUAUAUAUAAUACAAUUAAGGAAAUAUGAAUAUAUAAUUAAGGCCGUUUUCCACUUCAAGCGUAACGUACCGACACGUAUCAAAACAAAUUUUAAAUUUCAAAAUUUAGUGAUUGCUGAUUGGUUAGUACUUCCGUAGUACGCUCAAAAGUUGACUUGCGACGAAGUUUUUAUUUUGAUACGCGAAUCAACCGGAAGUACGUAAUUUGAAAACCCAUCGUCAAGCUGCGCAUGCUCACCAGUACGUUACGGUACGAUAUGGGCGAAGUGCAAAACGACCUUUAUGUUUCUUGAGUUCCUUUCUUAAAAGUAUAGUGUAUUGUCCAGGAAGUACAUUAGAAUUAAUAUUAUUAGCUUCAUCCGUUAGGGCAGUAUGGCAGGAUUCUAAGAUCUUAAGGUUUUUGCGAUUGUUUCUGUCGACUAUUUUGGCAUUAGCUGCAAGGUCAAUGACCCUAAGAGUUAAGAUUAGAAUCCUGGAGUACUACCCUAUUAACGGACGAAGUUGACAAUAAUUCUGAUAGUGAUAUACUUCCUGGACAAUACACUGCAACUGAAGAAACAUUAACUAUAUACAGAUAGAUUUUAAAAGCCAGAGUGGGCAUUGCGGGAAACGUUCACGCAAACGAAAGGGACAAAUUGAAUCUUGCUAAUGGGGGCAAAUUUGAGUUCUACUCAGAUGUAAAACCAAGAAAAUAUAUUGUUCACCUUUUGGCUAUACAAUUAGCCUUUCUCAGUCCGCCAUUUUUGGGUGGCUUUUCAGUCGAAGUCUGCGAGAUAAGACCACUGCGACUUUUUAUAAUUUUUUUUGGACGAAUGAUGGUAAUUUGCUUUGUAAAUGGUUAGUUUUAUCAACAGUCAUUACUAUAUACAUUUUUAAUUAUUUGUGGCGCAAAUUGCAGAGUUUCCGUUUGAUAUCGUGGAAAAUGAUAAAAACUUGGACAUUACGAAUAAAGCACCGCAUUCUUCAACAUAAAAAAACCCACUUUAAAACAUUUCUACCGUUCCAAAAUUUGUUUUGUAUAAAAGUCCAGGUAUUCGUGUUGAUUUUGAGAUUUUAGUUCUUGCUUGAGCUAGUAUACUAAAACUGGAAAAUGAGUGAACUAUUUGAAUCUGUAUUUCAUUUGCAUUUCCAAAUUCUGAGCUGCGUUUAACCUUCGUUUAGGUUGUCCUAUACCACUCUGACAUUCCAGUCAUAAGUGUGGAACAGGGAACAACAUUUGGCUUGGCAAAAAUGUUGUAUGGAUCAGUUGGCGGACAUGGUCAAAUUAUUGGCUUGAAGCAACGACAACAUUCUUCAGCUUUGGCCUGUAUUAUAACACAAGAUGAGACAAUUUUAAUUGAACGAGAAUAUGACAUUAUCCUGCAUGCCCUACAUGGUAAGAUUUUGCCAUGAGUUUUUAAUUAAUGAACAACUAUCAAAAGCUACAUUAGAAUAUUGGGUUCCAGUGUAGGAAGGUUGACGUCCGUGUGGGCGACAUCCAUCUCACAAAAUAGAGACCCUUACAGAAGGCCGACUUCCUACUUUUGCCUUUGAUUUUGUCGUACCAGUUGCAAUGCUGCUCAAGACUUCAAUAUUGGGCGAGACCGAACGCCAUGUUCCUAGCCAUUGCGCUAACGAGAGCAUUCACUUCCUGAAAAUAUUCAACAUGGUGGACGUUCAGGGGGCAGUGAGCUCCAUAUAUAUAUCUGGAGUAGGAACUUGGUUGCUCAAAGUGAAGCCAGUUUCGUGUUAACCGCGCAUACAAAAACAAUAGAAAGGGACUGGAACUGACGUCCAAGAGCUCCUUCAAUUUCCUCCAUCUUGGCAAAGAGUGUGUAGAAAUUUCGUAUUUUGACUUCGAUUUAAAGAAUAAUAUUGUGAUUUUAUGAACUGAAAACUUGAUUAGUGAUACGGUCCAUUAGAAAAAACUGGAAUUAGCUGGGGAAAGUGGUAUAAAAACUGUUUACGACCUUCAGAGCUAUUGGACGUCAAUGGCCGCCAUCUUGGCUUCACUUUUCUCAUUGACUGAAUGACUGAAGUUCUCACUCCAGAUAUAUAUAGAGCUCACUGUCAGGAGAUCGUAAUGCCUCUCGUAAGCGCACUGGCUAGGAAGAUGGCGAGUGCAUUUUGAAUAAGGAAUCAUUGUGAAUCAUGGCGUGGAGGCAGUUACGUUUCUUAGCAGCUGGGUUAGCCUUCUGUAAACGUCUCUAUUCUGCGUCCAUGUUGUCCAAAAACGUCACUUGCUUAAUCUCUCUAUUAAUAAUUUUGGUUGAAGAUCUGACUACCUGAACAGAAUCUAACCGCUGAGGUUUCUUCAUAGGUUUGUUUGCUGUGUGUGACUGUGUUUUUCAAUUGGGCGGGGAUGGGAUUCCUGGGAUUGAAGUUACUUUUUCCCAUCUACUUUCCAAAGCAAUCAUAUAUUCACCCCUAUUUUCCACUUUUAGUUACCUUUGGUUUCUUGGCUGGCAAUUUUAGAAUGUUCAUUUGCAUGUCAAGCAGCUCAAUUGUCCACGAUAUUUUGUUAGCUCUCCAUGAACGAGACCAGAGUUAUGCAUAAGUAUAAGACUAGAAUUUUAAAUGGCAGGCGUCCACUAAAUGGCGUACAGUCUAGUUUAAUUUAGGAUGAAACUAGUGGAUUUACUGAAAACGUAUAGCAGUAGAGUCAGCCGGUCGUUUAGUAUUCCCGCUGUAACUUUAGAUCUAUAAUAAAUGGGAUUUAUUCGAAUACUGAAUUUGCAUACUGUUGCUGCAUUUCUUCAGGCACAUCAAAGGAAAGAAGAUUGGAUACAAUAUCACCCAUUUGUCAUCACAAGGAUGUCAGUACGUAUAUUUCUCCGAAACCAGACGCUCAACUACGGCGGGCAAAACCAUAUUCUACUCCCAGGCCAACAAUCUUGGAAAAAGAUGUCGGUAAUAUUGCUAACCUCAUGGAAUUUACAAGAAACGAUGGUCUUUUAUGGAGCGAACGAAGGGAUACACAGCGUAACAGUAACGAAAGCUUAGCUGCUAGUAUCAUUGACACUGAGAAACGACAAAAAAUAGUUCCUGUGACGAGCUGUUCCGAUUAUGUAACAAGUCGUAAAGAAAUGAGGAUCGAUUGCGCGGAUGAAGGUAGCGAUGAAAUACGUGUUAUUUCUCCUGCAGUUAGUACUUCUCCAAGUAGUGCCAGCAUCGAAAGUCCUGCGUCAAACCAAAAUUCACCAAAUCAG